UUUACCAUCCUCGUACGUGGGGCUUAUUAUUAUGCAAUGAAGGCGGUUUAUACUUUUCAAAACGACAAGGUCACAAAGCUUUAUAUUUAUCUAAAGAAAUUUGAAUACCCAAGCCCUGUUGGCUUAUUUCUAGGGAUUUUGGCUGUGCUUUUUUUACAAUUCCUUAUUGUCUUAUACCACUAUUACAACGUUUUUUACGCCUUGCAUCCGAGCCCUGUACAUAUAAACUUUGACCGAAGUGUGAGUCAAAAAAACUUUUGGAGAGAUCUGCGCACACACGUUUGUAAUCCCGAGGGGUUUUUGUUGCUGGGCUCCUACUUGUGUUUUACAUGGAUGUUUCGAAUAAUGCCUGAAAGUUAUUAUUCUUAUAAAGGAGGAAUCAGUCUUAGCCAGUUUCUUCAGCAGCUAGUCUUAACGGAUUUUUUACAAACUCUUAUGCAUUUGGCCGAGCAUCACGUUUCUCCUAGGCUUUACCAACUGAGCCACAAACCACACCAUCGUUUUAUUAGUCCCAAACUAUUUGAUGCUUUUGACGGAUCCUUGUGCGAUACGUUCUUAAUGAUUUUAGUCCCCUUAGCGCUCACUGCUCAGGUCGUCCACUGCAAUGUAUGGACUUACAUGCUCUUUGGCUCUGUUUAUGCCGCGUUCUUAACUUUAAUUCACAGCGAAUUUGAACACGUGUGGGAUCCCUUUUUCAAAAAAUUUAAAAUUGGAACUCCUUCUGAUCACCACGUUCACCACGCGAAGUUUUGUUACAACUUUGGCCAUAUGUUUAUGUGGUGGGAUAUGUUACUUGGUACUUAUAGAAAUCCCGUCACCGUCAAGCAGUUUUAUCCAUCCCGAUAAGUUAAAAACAUAAA